GAGCACAACUCGAAUAUCUCUCUGAUGGGAAACCGACCAACUCAUGUUUCCAUUGAACCUUCCAAGCUUCCAAUUCUGUCCCUUGCAGUGUGCUUCAAGUAUAUAUCCCACGCUAUCGAAUUUUCUUGCGUUGUGCCCUUGCAGACUGAGGGGAUUGAGCAGCAGAUAGUGAUGGUUUGAGGAUUUCUUUUCUAAAGUAUUGCGGAGUUUGGUUUAGAUUUUAGAAACUGAGAGAGAGAGAGAGAGAGAGAGAGAGAGAGAGAGAGAUAGGGAGAGACACCAAAAGAAAGAGAGAAAGAAGAGGAGGAGGAGGUGGAGAAGAUGAGAGGGCUCGCGUGCAAUGCUUGUAACGAAACGUUUGCGGACGAGGAGACGCAGAAGAAGCACUACAAGACUGAAUGGCACCGCUACAACUUGCGGCGUAAGGUAGCUGGGGUGCCCGGCGUGACGGAAGCUUUGUUUAAUCUUCGAAUUGAGGCUCUUGAAGCGGAGAAGAGCAAGAAGGAAGGUGCUCGGUUGCUGUACAAGUGUGCGCUCUGCAACAAGGAAUACACUACCUCGAAAGCUCACGCCAAUCACUUGCAAUCGAAGCUUCAUAUUACGCGAGCAGCCAGCGCGGAUGCGCCUGGUGAUGCAGGUGUUGCUGGAACUCGUCCAGCUCCGAUGAAGCCGUCUACGGUGAUUCCAGAGCCAAACAAGGCACAGAGUGCGAAAAUAAUUGCGAAGAUGAGGAGAGCGAGGAUGAAUGGGAAGAAGUUAGCGAAGAGGUUAGUCGAGGACGAGAAGGAUGACACAGUUGCAGAUAUGGCUGAAGACGAUCCCAGCGACGAUCCACUCGCAGGCCAUUGGAACUGUAAUGACUGUCUAUUCUGUGGUAAAGAUCUCAAAAGUAUUGAGGUUUGCAUAGAUCACAUGCACAGAGAGCACGGCUUCUUUAUUCCCGAUGCUGAGUAUUUGAAAGACCCCAUAGGCUUGUUGACUUAUCUAGGUUUGAAAAUUACCAAAGGUUAUAUGUGCCUCUAUUGUGACGAGCGAGGAAAACAAUUUCACAGUGCGGAAGCAGUCCGAAAGCACAUGAUAAAUAAGAGCCACUGUAAGCUGCGCUAUGGCGAUGGCGAAGGGAUUGCCGAGGAGGAGUUGGAGGAUUAUUACGAUUUUAGUUCUAGUUACAAAACACCGGAGGAUUUCCAGUUGGUUUCCGUGGAUAGUCUCAAGUCUUCUGUAUCAUUAGCUUCCGGAGGUCAUGAACUUGUUAUUAAGGGCUCUGGUGAUGAAGCGGGAACUGUCAAGAGAAUUGGGUCAAGGGAUAUGGCGCGUUACUUCCGGCAAAGACCUGCUCCCUCAGAUAACCGUAACGGCGUUGUGGUUAAUGCACUUGUUGCGAGAUACAGAAGUAUGGGAUUGGCAACCCAAGAACAACAGUGGCGCCUUCGCAACAAACCUGAGGAGCAGCAGCGGAAGGCUUCUCAAAGGGCUGAAUACAUCCGUUCCAAAAUUGCUCUCAAGAACAACGUUAUUCGAAAUCUGCCUAGAAAUUGCGAGUAUUAGAUAGAUUAGGAAACUACAAGUGACUGAUUCACUUGACUGUCAAUUUCACUGUGCUUGAUGUUAUACUAUGGAUUAGCUAUUGAAUUGAUUGCCAUCAAUUCUCAUCGUUAGGGCUUCAGUUAGAAGUAACUGUAUUCGAGAGUUUCUGCUCUCUUCAGUUUUACCGCUCCGAAACAAUUUUAAAAUUAUGUAGUUUUGUUUUAAUAAUAGUCUUCUGUCUCAUUCCCAGAGAAACAUAGUUGGUUCAUUUGUUUUUAAACCAACUGUCUUUAGUGAUAUUAUGGUAAUGUAAGCUUCAUGGCAGGUUCUUAUCUGAUACACAUUCUUCA